ACUCAGAACUUGAUUUACGAAUUGUAGAUAAAGGUAAAGGCAAAGAAACUUUAAUUGAAUCAAUAGAACCAGAACAACAAGUAGCAGACAUAAUUAAAGAAGAUUCAGUAUCUGGAGAUGAAAUAGUUGGAGAAUAUGAGCAAGAAUCCAAUAAAGAAGAAUUUUUGAGAAAAGAUCGAUCUUUGUUGGAAUUUCUUUUAUUAUUAGAUAAUUUUGAACCUCUUAUUCCAGAAUUUGUAACAGAGUAUUAUCUCAACAGAUCAGGAAUCCAAUGUGAUGAUGUUCGAGUAAUGCGACUUAUGUCAUUAGCCGCACAAAAAUUUGUUGCUGAUAUUGCAACAGAUGCAUUUCAAUAUUGCAAGAUUCGUCAACAAAGUAAAAAGAAUAUUGGAAAGCAGCGCAAUAAAACCGUUCUUACAUUGGAAGAUCUUGCAGCAGCUUUAUCCGAAUAUGGGAUUAAUAUCAAAAAACCAGACUAUUAUCGCGCAUAA